GUAGAUUCAAAAUCUAAGAUCCAAAGGCUCACAAUAGCUAGCUAAGAGUUGCUAUAUAGCAUCACUUUUCUCCGUAUUCCUCCACUUCCCUGCCGUUUUAGGUUUUUCUCUUUCGUGUUCUGCAAAACCCAAAAGCGUCUUCUUUCAACGGCAACAUGGUUCUUCAAAACGACAUUGAUCUGCUAAACCCACCAGCUGAGCUUGAGAAGAAGAAGCACAAGCUCAAGCGUCUUGUUCAGUCUCCCAAUUCCUUUUUCAUGGAUGUGAAAUGUCAAGGCUGCUUCAAUAUAACUACUGUUUUUAGCCAUUCACAAACUGUGGUGGUGUGUGGGAAUUGCCAGACUGUGUUGUGCCAGCCUACAGGUGGGCGUGCUAGACUCACUGAAGGCUGCUCCUUUAGGAGAAAGGGAGAUUAGAUAUUAUGGUUAGCUCAUGUUUUUUGCUUGCUUGAUUAGGGUGAGAGAAAUGUUUAGUAGUUAGUCAUGACUUUUUGAAGGGAUUCAAAUGAAGAAUGGUUUUGUUUUCCCCUAAGAUAUGUUGAUUUUGAUUCUACUUUUUAAAUUAUGAAGAAUUGCUACUUUUUUUUUUGGGAA